UAGCAAAGCUACUACCAAGACUCUCUCUCUCCUCCCUCCCCCUCUCUCUCUCUCUCUCUCUAAAUAAUUAUUGAAGACACAUAUUCUAUUCCACUAUUCAUUACUAAAAUUAGUUAUAGCUUCAGCUUCAUCUGCGGAUCUUGAUUAUCAUAUCAAAUACUACUGAUCCAGAUCUGUGCACAGAAGAAGAACAAAAAAAUAAAAUAAAAUGCCGAGUAGUGAGGUGGGUAAUAGUACUACUAUUCAUGAUCUUCGGAAGAAAUCAUUCAGAAUCAAGCAGGAUGACAAGUUCUUCUCCAGGCUGUUAUCCAAGGAAACCUCACAGCCAAACUCCUCUCACAGGGUCUACUAUGGAGAGGCAGCUGGCGCAAUCCCAUUCGUCUGGGAGUCACAGCCGGGUACUCCUAAACACACCCUUUUCGGAAACGCCUCUCUCCCUCCACUAACGCCCCCGCCUUCCUACGCCAAUUCCAACAAAAUUUCCGCCUCAAAAUCCAUCCAUAGAAGGUCCAGUUCUUCUUCUUCUAAGGCAAAACUGCUUCUUCUAAGCACGAUUUUCUCUGGGAAAGACGUUAAGUCUAGUAAGGCGAAGACACGUAAGCUGUCGCUGCCGUCGUCGUUGUCGUCUCUGUCGUCGUCGUCCACCUCGUCGUCUUCUUCGUGGUCGAAUUACUCGGCCUCGUCUUUGAACAAGAAGAAGGCUGAGAAGCGCCGCGGCUGGUUCUUGGAGGACUCCGUGGGCUCUAUACCGCUUGAUUAUGGAUCAGCGGAGUAUGAUGAUCCUGAUCAUGAUAAUCAUGCGACGUCGUUUCGGUCGCCUAAUUCGAUUUUGUGCUUUCCGGUGAUGAAGAAGAAGACGUGGGAUUUUCUUGCCGGUUGUUACGCAUUGGGGAACAUGAAAUUUGGUCGUCGAGUACUUUAGGGCUUAGAAGAUCGUCAGCUAAGCGGCCAAAUAUGAAGGUACAACCACUGGUUGGUUAAGUAAUUAGAAAUCCUUUUUUAUUUUUUAUUUUGGUUAUUUGUCGAUCGUUAAAUGUUAACUGCUCAUAUGUAAUUCUUCUUCUGUGGCUGUAAUAAUUUACGAUGCUCUGUGGAAAGAAUUAAUUUUAUAUAUGUUUUUCAACUUAAAUGCAGUGAUCAUAU